CAGCAGUAGCAAUCAUAAUACCCUACCGCUGACCGUCACUAUCGCUACGAAAUAUUCAUAAAGACGGAGAGACGCGCGCGCAGAGCUUGCGUUUCAGAGCUGAGCCGGUAGCUCACACGCAAAGCGCUGGAGCGAAACACUUGCUCGCUGGCAGGGCGCAUCGUCAGUUACUGUUUGACAUUUGCUAUAAAAACAUUCAACAAUUGGAGGAGCAAGUACUCUCGCAUUAAGCAUAUCACAUUUGUUCAUUAUGUCUAUACAAGCACAACCAUUGCCAGUGAAUUUUAUUGUCACCAAAGUGGUUAAACUGCUUUUUGUUUUUGUGGUUUUGGCAAGUGCGUUAAUUUUCUGUGAUGCUUCGCUUGCGGAAAACGGCUUGCAAAAUAUACGCGUAAAACGUAUUGUGGGUGGUCGCCAAUCGAAAGCGCCACCACCUGACGAUCCGGUCGUAUUUACGCGCACCUUUAAUCGCGAUGCGCGCGUCGAAGGUUUUCGCAAUACUCGCACCGGCAUCUAUUCAUUCCUCGGCAUGCACUAUGCCGAACCACCAAUUGGUCUAUUGCGUUAUGCGCGUCCAGUCUACAAGCGUAUGGCUGGUGAUAUUAAUGCGACACAAUAUGGCUCGCCCUGUAUACAACCCGAUCCAUAUGAUCCGCGUCGCGUGGUGGGUACUGAAAAUUGUUUACUACUGAACGUGUUUACCCCACGUAUGCCGGAUGAAAACACCGGUUUGCCAGUGUACGUCUGGAUACAUCCAGGUGGUUUCCGUUAUGGUUCUGCAGCGCAAUAUGAUGCGACACCUAUGGCGCAACAAGGUAUAAUAGUCGUAACACCACAAUAUCGUCUUGGUUCGUUGGGUAUUAUGGGUGAUGGCACUAAGGAGUUCGAUGGCAAUUUGGCGAUUUUCGAUAUGGCUGCUGCCUUACGUUGGGUUAACGAUUAUAUACAUCAUUUUGGCGGCGAUCCAAAACAAAUCAAGGCUAUUGGUCAUGGUUCGGGCGCUGCGAGUGCAAUGUAUUUGUCGAUGUCACGUUCGGCACGUAGCGCAAGUAAUAUAUCGGGUGUGGUGGCGAUGUCCGGUACAGCAUUGUCGCAAUAUGCGACUGACAAGGAACCCGUACAGAGUGUGGAAGAGGUGGCGAGCAUUAAUGGUUGUCCGACGACGAAUGAGCUGGCGAUUGUGCAGUGCUUGAGAGAGAAAUCCGCCGAGGAAAUCAUACAAAAUGACUCGAAAGUCCAAACGGAACGUCUUGCCGGUCGCGCGAUUGUUAAGAGUCUUACUGGCAGUGCCGGCUUCACACCACAUAUCGAGGGUGAAAACGAUGGACGUGCCUUACCAAGCUUAAUUGUGGGUGCACCGGAGGAACAGCUGCGUAGUGGCAACUUCACACCCAUACCGUUGUUAACGGGCGUCACAAAACACGAGACCGCGAAUGCCGUUAGCAUUGGCACGCUCAAUCGGAUCUUUGGUUCGGUAGAACAAUUUCUCAAUUCACUCACCGACGUUCUGAAAGAUCUAACAGGAUUUCUGCGCAUCGAUAAGGUUACAGGAGAAAUCUUAAAACCCGUGUUGCCCGGCCUAACAUCGGCUUUGACACCCACGCUCAACGAUUUGCUCAAGGUGCCGGAAACAUUAAAUCUGGAUCAAGUGUUAUCGAAGGUUGUUGAAACCACCACCGAUAUGCUCUUCAAUCUGCCCGCUGUUCUAACCACACAGGUGUGGUCUCAGAUCGCGCCUUCAUUUAUGUAUAGCUUCGAAUAUAAUGGCACACGUUCGAAGGGUAUACAUUUCUUGCGUGGUCUACCAAUCGUUUCGGAGCAAGCUAAUAAUAGUAAUCCAGAAAUAGUGGCGCAUGGCGACGAACUCGGCUAUAUGUUCGAUGCAAAUGAUCUGUUCGGAAAUCCCAUAGCCGAAGCAAAGCUGGUCGAUGAAGAAGAACUGAAAGUGCGUAAAAACUUAAUUGGUAUGUUAUUGACGUUCGCCAAAUCAGUUGGCACAGAAAAUAAGAAAGAGUCUGGCGGCAUCUCGCUCUUUCGAAGCGUAACCGGCAAAGGAGUGCCUUUCAUAAAAGUAAAUACGGAACUAAGUGCCGACAGUGAUUUUCGUUUUUGUGAGCUCUCCGUGUUAGGCGCCUCACUUACGCCACUGACUUCUACAACUUGUGAAAGUUUGGGUGGUUUGCUGACACCGUUAACGGGUGUAGUUGGUGGAGCGCUGGGCGGUGUUGGCGAUGUUCUCGGCGUAGGCGAUGGGGAUAAUGGCGGUGUAGUAGAUAAUCUUGGAAAUACUUUAGGUGGCGCGCUGGGUGGUGGUGGUGAAAGUCCUAGUGGUGGUCAGAGACCAGGCGGACAAUCGAAUGGCGGCAGUGGAUUACUUGGUAGUGUUGCUGGUAGACCUGGUGGUGGUCGGGGACACGGUGAACAAUCGACUGGCGGUGGUGGACUGCUUGGUAGUGGUGGUUUGUUGGGUUGAAAUACUUGAGCUUUAUAUAUUUUUUUUUUGUAAAAAAAUCAAUAGCAAAAAUUUAAUAAAAUCAGAUGAAUCUGUAAACUUAUUUGCAAUAAAUAUCUGAGUUUUCAAAUCCCA